CCACAACACGUCCACAUUCUACCGGCUUACUCCGCUCUUUGCGAGGAGCACAAAAUCGUACAAUAUUCCUGUACCAGCGGAAACCUCGACACUCCAACAUUUAUCCUUUCUGUCAGUUUCCCAGCAAAUCUGUCUGUCACGAGCGACAUCACACCUCUUCAUCUCUGCAUGUUCUUCACGGAACAAUAUGUGAAUGAGGCAGUCUGCGUUCCUGUACAAGCCAGAGUAGAUUCUAGCAUCAAAUCCGCAUCAAUUGAUCAUGAUUGGGAGUACCCCGAGACAUUGUUACACAUGACAUCCACAGAGUGUGCUGUGAUGUGCCUGGACCAAAGUCUAGUCUGCGCAUUCACUGCCCCUCAUCCAAGGGGACUACGCGUCCCUCGAGGUUGCUGUGAAUUAUCCCUUGUACGAGAUUAUGGAGGACGUUGUUGCGGGUGUGCAUGCAAGAGCUGA